AGCAGAAAGCAGAGAGCGAGCCCGGGUCAGAGUACUUUGAGCAUUAGUCCCGUGCGGACGAGGUAGAGAGAGAGAGGAGCGCGAGGAAGCUGUUACACGUACGCAGAAGCAUCGCUCGCUGUGCGUCUGAGCUUUCGAUCUCGGUUGGCAACUGCUAGUGGUUGUUAUCGUAGUCUACGAGUGUGCCUUUGCCAUCCGCACAAUCACAGCCAUGGACGGGAUGUGUGUACAGCAAGUGGAAAGGAACCACCUCCUGAGUUUGCCAAGACUCCUCAACAACAGAAUGCUCGAGUUGCGACAACAGUUCCUGAUGCGACCGAAGAAAAACCGCGACCAAGUGACGAACUUGCGACAGAACCUCUUCGGCAGCAGCAGCAGUCCUUCUGCCAAGAAGGAAAACCUCGCUUUCGCCGAUGAGGAGCUGAGCAAGAUGACCCAAGCUGACUCCCAGCGAUGGAACUUUGACAUCGAUGCCGGGACGCCUAUGGAAGAAGGUCAUUACCACUGGGAGCUCAUCCACGAAACCAACCAAGCCCUCGACACCUCCGGAAGGCUAACCUGUCUCACCAGAAAGUUUGCAUCGCCUGCGAUGAACGAAUCAUCCGACAGUAGCAGUAGCAGCAGUUCGUUACCCAACGGAUUUGCCACGUCAUCUGUGAUGACCCCUUUCAUGUCCUCAUCAUCAUCACCUUCAUCAUCAUCCUCGUCAUCUAAGAGAGCCAUCACCACCACCACGUUCUCGACGUCGACAACGCCAACACCUGUGAUUUCCAAAAAGUGCGUGAAAAGACUACAGAGUAAAUCUGUUGCCAGCAAAGUGCCCAAACUCAUCACGGAUUACUUCAGGGAGAGUAAGCCAGUUCCUGUGAAAUAUAAGGACAUGGUCCCUGAGGAGAAAGAGGUCGUAAGUAACAGAAUUGUGGAAAUCUUGAAAAUCAAAUCCAUGAACGUAAGAUGAACGAGUUUCUCUCGUAGGGUUACUCUGGCUUUAAAAACAGGCUGUUACAGUUGAAUAUCACUGCCAUUAACUCCAUUGCUGCCGAGAAACUCGUGCCAAGAGCAAGUGUUCAUUUUUUGCUGAAACUGAAAUGAAAAUAUUGUAUUUAUUUCUUUGUUAAAUUGCAACAGACGUCCAUUUAAAUCAAAAGCAAUUUACGUGUGUAAUUGUUUUUUUGAAAUGUUAAGAACAUACUAAACAACUACACAUGACUUGAGUUGUUAGGAAUAUGUAAUGUAACAUGUUUCUUUUAUACGUAAUUUUAUUUUGUUUGUUGUAGUACAUGUCACGCAUUUAAUAAUGUAUUUGUAGAAAAAAAAGUGUCAGUGACCUUUUCAUAAUUACAUACUGUUUGUUAGCGUGGUAUGAUAUUAUACUGACAAAUGUCGCUAAUAACUAGUUUAUUAUGACAAAAUGUCUGUCAUCAUGACGCAUUAAUACAAUGACAAAUUGUUGGUUAACACGAGAAACUGUGUCUUCCUGUGAGUGGUGGUCUUCCGUUGAGGUGUUUGUGUUUAUCUGAUUUACCUGUUCUUUACCAAAGUUUCUUUUUAAAAAGAACCUUUUUUUUUUUGUCUUGUACGAGAACCUGUUCUUGAUCUCAAAUUAUAUUUAUAUUUAUAGAUAUAUUUCCAGAGUUAAUAUAUGUUUGUUGUAUAACAAGUCUACACCCAUUCUGUGUAUAUUUUUUAUACAAAACAAUAAUUAUUAAAAUCAAUUAUUGUAUA